AUUUUUGCUCCCUUCCUCCAGGGACACAACACGGAGCUGUCUCCUGCCACUUUGGAGAAGAGACGGCGGAGAAAGCAGGAGCGGGACCGGAAAAAGAGGAAACGAAGGGAGUUGAGGGCAAAGGAGAAGGUGGCAAAGGCUACGGAGGCUGCCAAGCCACCCCAUGAGCUGUCCCAUGAGCAGCCCCACGAGGAGGUGCAGCCGGGGCUGCUCUUCAAUAAGGUGGAGGUGACCGAGGAGCAAGCAGCCAGCAAGGCCCAGCGCCGGAAGGAGAAGAGGCAGAAGCUGAAGGGGAACCUGGCGCCGCUGACGGGCAGGAACUACCGGCAGCUGCUGGAGCGCCUGCAGGCACGGCAGGCUCGGCUGGAAGAGCUGCGGGACCAGGAUGAGGGGAAGGCACGGGAGCUGGAGAGCAAGAUGCAGUGGACCAACCUGCUGUACAAGGCCGAGGGCGUGCGCAUCCGUGACGACGAGCACCUGCUGCAGGAGGCCCUGAAGCGCAAGGAGAAGCGGCAUGAGCAGCGGAAGCGCAGGUGGGAGAAGCGCACGGCCCAAGUGGUUGAGAAGAUGCAGCAGCGGCAGGACAAGCGGCGGCAGAACCUGCGCAAGAAGAAGGUGGCCCGGGCUGAGCGACGCCUAGAGAAGGCCCGCAAGAAGGGCCGGAUCCUGCCCCAGGACCUGGAGCGGGCUGGCCUGGCGUGAGGGCCUGUAGCCCGGGCGCCCAGACCUUGUCCCUGACCUGGGACUGCGCUCCCACCUCAUGUGACCGCGGCCAGGAGCUCAGUCUUUGUGGUCUAGGCUCCUUGGAAGUGGUGGGGGGUUCCAUGGGCUCACCCUGCAAGCUGGUUGUGAGGGCUCCGCUCCCAUGUAAGAAAGAAAGGGAGCGCUGUUGAGAAUGGAGAAAUAGAUCUUCAGAGCCUGGAAAGAGGUGACCGGGUCCAGGUUCCAGCCUUCUCUUGGGAGGCCGCAGAGCUCCCCAGAAGUUUGCAGGGUGAGGGAUGUGUGGAGGGCGUGAAGGUUCUGGUGGGGGCACUUCACUGGCUCCUUCUUCUUCUCCUGGCUUGACAGGAGCCGGGAAAGAAUGGCCUUUGGGACUAUCCAGGUCAGUCUAAAACUCACCUGGAAAGAAGGAAACUCAAAACUGCUGUAGCCCAGUCCAAGGUGGCAUUGGCCUCAGGUGACUGGCAGAGGGUGGAGCCAACCUUGGGUGUGACUGGGAGGGAGUUAUCCUGAGUUGAUUUGUAAGAGGAGCAAAAAUUAGAGCUUAAGGUAAACACCCGCCUGAAAAGAGUUAAGAUGCCUGCUGGAGGCUGCCUCAGGGGCUCAGUGAUUCAAGCGCACCUGACUCUUGGUUUUGGCUCAGAUCCUGAUCUCAGGGUCUUCUGAUGGAGCCCCACAUCAGGCUCCACCCUUAGCGUGGAGUCUGCUUGAAAUUCUGUCUUGCUUUCCCUCUGCUCUUCCCGCUCCUGCUGUUUCUCUAAAAUAAAUCUUUAGUGGAAAAAAAGAGAUGCGGGUUGGAAGUUCAGCACAGUGUGCGCCAUGCUGGGAGGAAGGGGGAGACGGGGUGGGCUGGAGGACGUCAGUCCAGGAGAAGGCAGGAGACAAGGAAGGCUAGAAGCUAGGACUCAGUGAGGCGAUGGAAGAUGCCCAGUGAGGGGGUGGAAUUCCACGCACACCUGCGGGCAGGCAGACCCGCUGCAGACGCACAGGACCCCGGGGGGGAUUUCAUGGCUCCUGAGUAAUAAUUCAGUAAAGCCGUCAAUAACUGUUUUGACUGAGUUCCAGUUAAGAAACACACUGUAACAGAAAGGCUGGCGUGGCUGUACCGGACAGAGUGGACCUGAGGAUAAACAGCACUGCGGAGGGGAAAGUAGAUCACUGCGGGAUGGAGGGGCUCCGCGCCCCCUGCAGGCAGAGCGAUUCUGACGCCCCCAGUGAUGGAGCUGCAAGUCUCCCAGGGGAAAUCUGCUCACAGACAAGAGCAGAGGAUUUCUGGUGCCUCUCUUAGGCCUAGAAACACCCGGCAGAACUCCGGUGGAUACGGAAGGUCUAGAUGAGAGUUGAUGAGCUUGUCUAAGGACACAGAGCGGUGUGUCUGGAAACAAGGUGCAGACUCUCCACCCGCAUCUGGAGCAGCAACGAGAACUGACCGCCUGGUCCAUGAAGCAAGGUUUCCGUUUCAAGGAAUCGGUGUCCUACCAGGGGUGUUGUCUGGCCGCGGCAUGAUCUAGUUGUUAGAGUUGAGGCGUGAUUGUAGAAGUUUCAUAUUCAGAAGUUUAAAAACAUAUUUCUGAGUUACCUGUGUGUCAUUGUGGGAGAUGGAGCCUAACUCCCAAGUGUCAGCACUGAAAAUGCCCUGAAUCACCCUCUCGGCCUCCCCAGGCCUGGCCAGUCACCCCCUCCUUGGCCCAGAGCUUCGGGGCUGCUGGUGUGCAGGGCAGGGCGGCACAUGAUGUGUUCUGGGGUAGGGGGGCAACACAAGCAGCUCAUCCAGGGGCAUUAGUGGACAAUAGCACAUGGACAAUAGAGAAGAAAACAUUUCCAGAACCAAAUGGUGGUAGGCCCCAGUUUCAAAGGUACCCCCCGCUCGGGCAGAGGGAAGCGGAUGAAGAUUGCCCUAACCAGAACCCCUCCUGCACAGGAACUGGGGUUCCAACAGUCCCAAAGAUCGUGGUAGUAUGAAAAGUAAUACAGGGAAAGUUCACUAAAACAGAGUCAGGAGGCCAGAAAGAGGAGCUCUUGUGCACUGUGUCACCCAGAGUCAGUUCCAGAAAGAACCAUCACACACCCCAGCAGAAGUAUCCUCCACAGGAGAGAAUCAGGACUACAGACCCAACAGAAGGAUGGACGCUUCAUCUCCUGUGAGAAAUCCACGACUCCAGCAACUCAGCCAGUGAGAAACUGCCCUCGCCCUGAACUCCUGCUCUUGCCCAGUGGACUUCGGUUCAGGACAGCCCCUUCUAACUUUCUCCUCAUAAAAUAACACUUCUUUCUUUGUUGGAGUUGUCUGUGGUUUUACUUAGCUUGUAUGUCCCGAAUUGCAAUUCUCUGCUAUUCCCGAAUAAACCCAUUUUGUUGGUCAAGUACCGGCGGUUUUAA